AUGCCUGUGAAACCGCUGACAAUACCGCGCGCAGAGCUACAAGCAGCGUUGUUAGCAGCCAGACUCGCGAAUACUAUAGUUCAAGAACAUAAAUUAAAACCUGUUCGUCAAUUUUUCUGGUGCGAUUCCACUACAGUUUUGCACUGGAUCAGAAAUGAUACUCGCUCGUAUAAAGUCUUCGAGGCAAAUCGUUUAGGGGAAAUUGACGAACUUACAAAACAGGACGAGUGGAGAUACAUCCCGUCGAAUUUAAAUGUAGCAGACUUGGCUACGCGAGAUGAAUUUAACCUGCAUUUGUUUCAGGACGAAUGGUUGAAUGGUCCAGUAUUUUUAAUCAGUGGCAGCGAGUCGUGGCCGAGGGACGUGGUAGGUAAACCCGAUGCGGACGAGGUGAACUCUGCUAUUUGUAUGGCUGUGAGUGUGACUCAAGUCAUCCCACGUAUGGAGUUACCAGUUCCAGAUCCUAAGCGUUUUUCUUCUUGGCUUCGGUUACUGAGAGCCACAGCUACGGUGCUAAAGUUUAUUGAUGCAUGCAAAAGACUUACCAAGGAAAUAGACUGCUGCGCUAUGGACCGGGCGGAACACCUGCUACUGCGCUACGCACAGAAUGAAUCCUUUGGUGCGGAACUUGAUGCAAUAAACGAAGGUAAAAGUAUACCACGGAAUAGUAAAUUACUUACCUUGACUCCAGUGUUGGAUGAAACAGGCCUACUUCGCGUUGGAGGCCGUAUUGAUGCUGCAUUGGAUGUAGCCCUGGAAGCAAAAAAGCCUAUUAUCCUAGACGGGCGUAAUCCAGUUGCUCAGCUCAUCGCUCGACACUACCAUGUCAAGGCCGCACAUGGGAGUCAAGAGACAGUUGUUAACGAACUGAAACAGAGAUACUGGUUGAUACGAUUGAGACCUACUGUAAAAGCGAUCGUGUCUAAAUGUAUGUUUUGUCGCAUAAAGAAAUGUAAGACCCAGAUUCCACGUAUGGGAGAUUUGCCUCAAGCGCGAUUAGCUCAUCACCAACGUCCAUUCUCGCACUGUGGUCUAGAUCUGUUUGGCCCUCUUGAGGUGGCUGUAGGACGACGCAGAGAAAAAAGGUAUUGUGUCUUGUUCACAUGUCUUACAGUACGAGCAGUGCACUUGGAGGUGGUUGCUUCACUAACUGCUGAUUCCCUCAUCAUGGCUCUUCGAAGGAUGGCAGCGCGACGCGGAUGGCCAUGUCAUUUGUACUCUGACAAUGGGACCAACCUGCGGGGUGCUGAAAAAGAGCUACAGCGAUGCAUGAGUGCCCUAGAUGUAGAUGUUCUUCGGCAGGAAGGCGUAAACAACCACAUGAAUUGGCAUUUCAUUCCACCAGCCAGUCCCCAUUGGGGUGGGGCGUGGGAACGAUUAAUUAGGACAGUUAAAACGUCGCUGAAGGUGGUCCUGAAGGAAAGAGCACCCAGAGAGGAGACUUUAAUUACACUUUUAGCUGAAGUUGAAAAUAUGAUUAACAGUCGACCGUUGUCUCAUGUAUCAGUAGAUCCGUCUACAGUCGAAACAUUAACUCCUAAUCAUUUUCUUCUAGGAAACUCCUCCAAUUUACCUACUAUUGGUGAGUUUGAUGACUCAGACUUAUAUCUAAGGAAGCUUUGGCGUAAAGCUCAACGGAUGGCGGACAUGUUUUGGAACAGGUGGGUAAAAGAGGUAUUACCAGACAUGUUGCCGCGCAGAAAAUGGAACGAGGAACGAGCACCGCUGCAAGUUGGCGAUUUGGUGCUUGUGGUUGACCCAAGCUCACCCCGUAACACCUGGCCGAAAGGCAUUAUCCAUCAAAUAUACCCUGGUAAGGACGGGCGCACACGGAUGGUUGAUGUUAAGACCAAAACAGGAAUCUUGCGACGGUCUGCGGCACGCGUCGCACCUAUUUCCGUCGUAAAUUGA